AUGGAUGCGUUUGUAACGACAGUAAACGGGGUUUCGUUCACCGAAGCCGCAGAUAUCCCGAAAGCAGACGAUCCGUUUUCUGGUCCUCUCAAAUCCAUCGCGCCCUGGAAUUACACCGUUUUGGCGUGUUUAAUGUUCGUCGUCACGUCUCUCUCGCUGUCGGAAAACUUCACCGUCAUGCUGGUCACCUUCAGGUUUAAACAGCUCCGACAGCCCCUCAAUUACAUCAUCGUUAACCUGUCUAUCGCGGACUUUCUGGUGUCUCUCAUCGGCGGGACCAUAAGUUUUCUCACCAACGCCCACGGAUAUUUCUUUCUGGGAAGCUGGGCUUGUGUGCUGGAGGGAUUCGCGGUGACGUUUUUCGGUAUCGUGGCUCUGUGGUCCCUGGCUAUCCUGGCGUUUGAGCGCUUCUUUGUGAUUUGCCGGCCGCUGAAGAAGGUUCGUCUCGGGGGAAAGCACGCUGCUCUGGGCAUCCUGUUCGUCUGGACCUUCUCCUUUGUCUGGACCAUCCCUCCCGUGCUGGGAUGGAGCAGCUACACCGUCAGCAAGAUCGGAACCACCUGCGAGCCCAACUGGUAUUCCACUGACUACUCUGACCACACCUACAUCAUCACCUUCUUCACCACCUGCUUCAUUCUGCCACUGGCCGUCAUCAUUGGCUCCUAUGCCAAACUCAUGCAGAAACUGAGGAAGGUGUCCAACACACACGGCCGGCUGGGUAAUGCCAGGAAGCCAGACCGUGAGGUGGCACGCAUGGUCAUCGUCAUGAUUGUAGCCUUCAUGGUGGGCUGGACUCCCUAUGCUGCCUUCUCCAUCACUGUCACAGCCUUUCCCACAAUCCACCUGGACCCGCGGCUGGCCGCCAUCCCCGCCUUCUUCUCCAAGACUGCUGCCGUCUACAACCCCAUAAUCUACGUCUUCAUGAACAAGCAGUUCAGGAAGUGCUUGAUCCAGAUGUUCAAAGGGAAUGGCACAGCGUUGGAGUCGACCCUGAAGCAGACGUCUGACCGCGGGGCCGCCACUGCGGAGAGUCAUGUGGGAGAGAUGUCCACCAUUGCUGCCCGAAUCCCUCUGUCCAGCUAUGCAGCUGAGAGGACAGAGGAGGAGUCCAGUGACUUCUGCUCGCCCUCCUCCCCACCUGUCCCUGAAAACAAGAUCUGCCCCAUGUAG